AUGGCGGCGGCCGUGCCGAAGCUGGAGGACGCGCCGCCGCCGCUGCUGGAGCUCUCGGAGGAUGACCCGUCCGCGUUCACGGUUGGCAUCUUGGGCGACUUGCAUUUGGACCCUCGCGACCUUGAGCACUCGUACGAGGGCCGCGAACACGUGAAGGCCGCUUUGAAGGGGGUCCCUCGCCCCUUCGUGGUCUCGCUCGGCGACCUCGGCGAGUCGAAGGAUUGCAACCAGACGAAGCAGCUCUUCUCGGGCACAACGGACUGCUUCAAACUCGCGCGCGAGUACCUUGACGGUUUCGGCGCCAAGUGGGACGUUGUGGGAGGCAACCACGACCUCGAGGGCAUCGACGAGUUCGGAACCGAUGAGAAGAACUUGGAGGCAUACUUGAACAUAUUGGGCAAGGAAACCCCGCAGUUCUGCCACCAGGUGGCGGACAAGGUGCUUCUCGUAGGACUCGGGUCAACCGCAUUCCGCACAGCGCAGUACACAUCCCACGAGGUCUCCAUUGACAAGAAGCAGUUGGAGUGGUUCGAAGACAUCAUCGAGAAGCACCCUGACUCCGAGGGAUGGCAGGUCUUCUGCUUCUCGCACGCGCCAAUCAUCGGCUCUGGCUUGCGCGUGUUGCAGGAAUGCCACGUUGUCAACGGGUGUUGUUGGUUAAACCAUUGCGACUCCGUGGACUCCAAGAGGUUCAUCAAUGUCGUGCGCAACAACGCUUGCAUCAAGGCUUGGUUCUCCGGACAUUUUCACCUGUCCCACGACUACCAGGACUCCAUCACCUUUCCAGAGGGGAACAAUCGCGGCUCUUGCGUCUUCGCCCAGACUGCCGUCAUGACCGCCCGCUCCACGCGCGACGGCAGGCGGCAGUCCAGGUUCCUCCGCGGCAACGCCGAGGGCUUCGAGAUCUGCACGAUCGACCACUCGAAGGGCGGCAAGAUUCGCCUGGAUGCGACGAUCACCUAUGGAGAGUGCAUCAUCGACGGUGACAACAUGGACGGCUCCAACUCGUGCUCAACCAUUGCGUACGCCCACCAGCACGAGGACUACGAUCACGACAAGUGGUUCAAGGCAUACGUGCCCCAGGCCGACGACGGCUGCUACGUCGAGCUCCCGGACGGCACCAUCAACCCGGGCAUGGAUUUCUCGAACCCAGAGCAAGUCUGUUGGUGGCACAUGAAGGACGGCGCUGUGUUGGGCGUGCACAACGGCAUGAUCAUCGAGUACGACUCCACGACGCUCGCGCCUUUGGGCAUGGUGGUCAGCCGCGACGAGCUCAAGGACCGCCUCGUCGCCGUCAUCGACGACGAGUGGGGCGGCUCUGCCCUCCUCCUCUACCGGGACGAUUCCGAAGACGUCACCGUGGUACAGCCCAACGAGGAUGGGUCCUAUUGGCGCAAGGUGGUGCGCAACAAGAUGCACCGCAUGCAGGAGAUGCGUCGCGUGGCCGCCGCCAAGAAUUGGAUGAAGCAGCAGAGGGGCGAGGACGCGGAAUUCAAGGUCUUGUCGUCGUACGGCCCGUACAAGACAACGGCUGGGCAGGUGAUGGGUCUGAGCACCCGGGCCAUCGACCCCAAAGCAAAGGUGAAGGUGGCGGCGUAA